AUACUGUGACUGCUUUGCAAACGGAGAGUUCUGCAAUAAUUGUAACUGCAAUAACUGCUUCAAUAACCUGGAACAUGAAACGGAGCGUCUCAAAGCUAUAAAGACGUGUUUGGACCGAAACCCAGAGGCCUUCAAACCUAAAAUUGGUAAAGGCAAAGAGGGAGAGUCGGACCGUCGACACAGCAAAGGCUGCAACUGCAAGCGAUCGGGCUGCCUGAAAAACUACUGCGAGUGUUACGAGGCGAAGAUCAUGUGCUCGUCCAUUUGUAAGUGCAUCGGCUGCAAGAACUUUGAGGAGAGUCCGGAGAGGAAGACACUGAUGCACCUGGCGGACGCAGCAGAAGUGAGAGUACAGCAGCAGACUGCAGCCAAGACCAAGCUGUCGUCUCAGAUCUCAGACCUGCUCAUGCGGACGACGCCGGUCAUUUCAAGUGGAGGCGGGAG